CAUUUCAUCAAAAGAUGGCUACUCCACUGAUUGUUUCCUUUGGCGAAAUGCUUAUCGACUUUGUCCCUGACACUUCUGGUGUUUCCUUGGCUGAGUCCACCGGUUUUCUUAAAGCCCCUGGUGGUGCUCCGGCUAAUGUUGCAUGUGCCAUCUCCAAGCUCGGUGGCAAAUCCGCUUUCAUUGGCAAGUUUGGUGAUGAUGAGUUUGGACACAUGCUUGUCAACAUAUUGAAGAAGAACGGUGUGAACAGCGAAGGAGUUUGCUUUGACACCCAUGCAAGGACUGCUUUGGCCUUUGUGACACUAAAGAAGAACGGCGAGAGAGAGUUCAUGUUUUACAGGAACCCAAGUGCGGAUAUGCUUUUGAAAGAAUCUGAACUCAACAAGGAUCUCAUCAAGAAAGCCAAGAUUUUCCACUACGGUUCCAUUAGCUUGAUCUCUGAGCCAUGUAGAGCGGCUCACAUGGCUGCUAUGAAAACCGCCAAGGACGCAGGAGUUCUACUCUCUUACGACCCUAAUGUUCGGUUGCCUCUUUGGUCUUCCACUGAGGCUGCCAUAGAAGGCAUCAAAAGCAUCUGGAAUGAGGCUGAUAUUAUCAAGGUAAGCGAUGAUGAGGUAACAUUCCUCACUAGGGGAGAUGCAGAGAAGGAUGAUGUUGUUUUGUCUCUAAUGCAUGACAAGCUCAAGCUGCUUAUUGUAACUGAUGGAGAAAAAGGUUGCAGAUACUACACAAAGAAAUUCAAAGGGAGAGUGCCUGGAUACUCUGUGAAAACAGUUGAUACAACUGGAGCUGGUGAUUCUUUUGUUGGUGCAUUUCUUGUCUCUUUGGGGAAAGAUGGCUCCAUACUCGAUGAUGAAGGGAAGCUAAAGGAGGCUCUAGCAUUUGCAAAUGCAUGUGGAGCUGUGUGUACAACUCAGAAAGGAGCUAUUCCAGCACUUCCAACUCCAUCUGAUGCUCAGCAGCUCAUGAAAUCCUAGUCCAAAUAAUUUUACUUUUUGUUGUUUCUCAAAUGGUACUCAUGCUUCUUCUUUUUUCUUCAAUUUUGUAUUGACUCUAGUCUGCUUUUUUUUCUCAGUUAUCUGAAUAAGUUAGUGUUAA